AUGGUUGCUGCAACGGCAGCUCUGAAACUUGUCCCUGGGGUCCAGCGCCAGCCCCUCCACAAGGACCACAUCCCCUACCAGACCCGACCGGACCCCAAUAACCCUCUCUUCACCCCCAUGGUCGGCUGUCUCGUCGCGGGUUUCAAAUGUACCAUCACAAACGGCGCUACCACCGUCACACCAGGGCGCCCAAGGUUGAAGAGUGUGCCUAUGCCGAGGGCUGGUUCUGCUCUCUUUAUCCUUGGCUCUACUUAUCACGGGGCUGGUGAGAACAAAUGUACCCAGGAUGAUCCUGAAGCGAUCAGAACCCUAUACGCCUUUGCGGGUCAGCGCGACUAUUUAGGCAAGAUCAGGAGGAGGCUGACUGGUUAUUACAAGUCCGUAGGCGGUGUUGGAUAUGUCGAGGACCACCAGGACGCUGCCGAGUACAUGUUCAAGAAGUAG